AUGGACUGUGAGAACGGCACAGACAUUGCUGAGUUUGUUCUUCUGGGUUUUUCUUCCCAGCCUGAAAAACAGCUCCUCUUCUUCAUUAUCUUUCUGCUGAUGUAUGUGGUGGGACUUCUGGGCAACAUCAUGAUGAUCAUUCUCAUCACUCACAACACCCGACUCCAGACUCCCAUGUACUUCCUGCUGCGUAGCCUCUCGAUGGUGGACGUGGGCUUCAUCUCAGUCACAGUGCCCCAGAUGCUGGCUCACAUAAUCUCCUCUUCCAAGACUAUCCCUUUUUACUCUUGUAUGGCUCAGUUCUUCUUCUUCUAUGUGUUUGGUGUGACUGACCUCCUCAUUGUGAGCGUUAUGGCUCUGGAUCGCUAUGUUGCCAUUUGCAAUCCUCUCCACUACACUACGGUAAUGAACCAAAAGAUCUGUGGAAAUUUGGUGGCUGGCUGCUGGAUUGUUUCUACUCUCCACUCCAUGCUCCAUGCCAGCCUCCUCCUGCGUCUCAGUUACCAUGGAGACAAUCAUCUGGCCCAUUACUUCUGUGACCAUCAGCCCCUACUACAGCUGUCCUGCUCUGAUAUCAGUAUCAAUGAAGCAGUCAUCUUCUUUGAAGGUGUAAUUGUUAUCCUUGGACCUUUUGUCUUCAUUAUCCUCACUUAUGCCCGUAUUGUGGCAGCUGUGAUGAAAUUUUCUUCCUCAGGGAGGUGCAAAGCUUUCUCUACCUGUGGCUCCCAUCUCACCAUGGUGACACUUUUCUAUGGGACCAUCAUUGGUGUCUACUUCUUGCCCACAUCUAGCUACUCAUCCCAGCGAGGGGCUGUCUUUGCUGUUGUGUACACUGUCAUCACCCCAAUGUCCAAUCCCUACAUCUACAGCCUCAGGAAUAAAGAUGUCAAAGAGGCCCUGAGAGAUCUCCUUGGAAAAAGGGUCUUUUCUCAGUAG